AUGGAGCCCAACAGUCCCAAAAAGAUACAAUUUGCUGUGCCUUUAUUCCAGAGUCAGAUUGCACCUGAAGCAGCUGAACAGCUGGGCCUUUGUUGUUCACAGAUCAGGAAAAGAAGACCUACACCAGCAUCACUUGUGAUUCUCAAUGAACAUAACCCCCCAGAAAUAGAUGACAAGAGAGUGACCAACACACAAGCAGAAUCACAGAAUGCAUCCCCUAAGCAAAGGAAGCAGAGCGUGUAUACACCACCCGCCAUGAAAGGGGUUAAGCAUAUGAAAGGCCAGAAUGAAUCAGCAUUCCCCGAAGAAGAAGAAGGCGUGAACGAGAGAGAAGAGCAGUGGGACCAUUAA